UCUUUCUGUUUUUACAUUAUCCUCCAAAUCUAAUUUUUUUAAUCCUCUUCUCAUUUUUCCAACAUUCAAAUUUAGACAGCUAGAAUUUACAACAUGGAGUUGCAGGACUUUUGUUUAAGCGACAACUUCCAGUUUCUAAAUGAACAGAACAGCCUCUUGGAGCCCUCGUCUUCUGAUGACCCGCCUUCUCCACAAGAGCCAAGCAUUAAAUCCGACUCACCAAAUUUAACACCAUUCAGCCUGAGCAGCACAUCAGAAAGCAGUGGUUAUAGUGUAUUUUCCCAAUCUCUCGAUCCUGCACACUUCACUGCUAAAGACAAUGAAGAGCUACAGCUGCAGUCACAGACAGGCUCCAUCCUAAACCGAGACUAUGUCCCGUCAUUCAGCCAUGGGCCCAAACGCUUAUGUCUGGUGUGUGGAGACUUUGCAUCCGGCUACCAUUAUGGUGUGGCAUCCUGUGAAGCGUGCAAGGCCUUUUUUAAGAGAACCAUUCAAGGAAAUAUUGAGUACAGCUGUCCGGUGGUGAAUGAGUGUGAGAUAACAAAGAGACGGAGGAAAUCAUGUCAGGCCUGCCGCUUUCAGAAAUGCCUGAGGGCAGGAAUGAUGCGUGAAGGUGUACGUAUGGAUCGUGUGAGAGGAGGCAGGCAAAAGUAUAAACGACGAGUAGAUUCAGGCCUGUCUGUCUUCAUCCAACCUGUUAAAACACAUCAGGUUAAAAGCAUCCGUAAUAAGGUGAUUUCUCAGUUGUUGGCUUCUGAACCAGCUCCACUAAGAGCCACUCCUGACCCAGUGGCCCCUGACAGUGACCUCAAAUCCUUGUUGACCUUAUGUGACCUUUUAAACCGAGAACUGCUGGUCAUGAUCAACUGGGCAAAACACAUACCAGGGUUCUCGUCACUCUCACUUUCGGAUCAGAUGGCACUGCUACAGAGCGGAUGGAUGGAAGCUCUGCUGCUCUGUGUGGUGUGGCGUUCUCUGGCGUCAACUCAAGCACUGCAAUUUGCUGAAAAUCUUCAUCUGAACGAGCCUCAGUGCAAAAAUGCUGGCCUGCUGGAGCUUUACACACCACUGAGACUCCUCAUUGACAAAUACCAACAACUCAACAUCAGCCACGAGGAGGCUGUAACGCUCCGAGCCAUGGCACUCGCCAACUCAGAUGCCGAGCACGUGGAGAGUGGUGACAGUGUGCUGCGUUUUCAGGACGGACUGCAUGAGGCUCUGCAGGACUAUGAGGUGAAUGAGCGUGCAGCUGAACCUCACCGAGCUGGCAGACUGCUCAUGACACUGCCACUGCUCCGACAGAGCGCACACAGAGCCGUGCAGUGUUUCCGACGCCUGCACAUGCAACACUGUGUGCCCAUGCACAAGCUUUUUCUGGAGAUGCUGGACACCAAGAUUUAGUUCUUCUUCUUGUAUUUUAGUAUUUUUGGAAUUUUUCUCUUGCUGGAGGUGACGAGAGAGAUGAGUUGUUGUAAUUCUGGUACUCUAAAAUAUUAGUAACAGAAAAAUGAACUGCAUGGAAAGGAGUCAUGUUUCACGUAUUUUAACGUGAAAGAGUUUUAUGAGGUUUUCAACAUUUCCUUGUAAUACCACAUCAUGAAUCACUUUGUAUUAAGCUUUCUCAUCAAAUAAGCAUCUUUUAACAGCAUUGUUUAGGCCAGCAACAUUUAAAAACAACUGUUUCAAGGUGCUUAGUGAUAAGCAUCAUUUUAUUACAGUUUCACUUUUGUACGCUUUGCUAUUCUGACCCAGAAUAUUGAAUGAAUGAUUACCUGAAAAUAUAAAGUAUAGUUUUUCUUCUGCAAAUGAAAUGAAACCGAAAACAGAAAAAAAAUAACACUGGAAAUCUUAAAAAGGUUGAAUCAUUUAAAUUUGAAAAUUAUAGGGAAGUAGUGAAUAAUGUGUAAAGGUACACAUGUGUACAAUCCCAUUCCCAUAGCAUUUUAAUAACAUGAAGGACUUUUACUAAAUUUUUAUAUAUUACUUUUUUGAAAA